ACCCUACGAUAUUUUAUUCCUCAUCCAAGCCAGAAAGAAUCCUAAUAUUUAUCAGUUUCCUAGUCCUAUUGUUCAAGAGUUCUUAUUGUUUACGGUAUCAAAUCCCAACAUUACAAAAACUCUCCCCUCUAUCUCUCAUAUCUCUCACGCCCGAACUCUCUCUCUUCUCUCCCUCUCUCGCUUUUCAUCGUCAUCUUCAUCGUCAAUCACCGUCACCACCAUUGAUCAUCGUCCCAUAGCAACGAACAGCAGCCCAUCUCCGCCGCUCCCUUCGCGCGCAGCCACC